UCAGAGCUUCAAGUCAUGGCGGUUGUUAUUGUUGUUGUUACGCGAAUGGCAUUCGCCUGACAACUAUUUCCAGUAAUACAUGCCGAAUACGGCACUUCUUCCUGACACGCGAGUCCAGUAUAUUAUGAGACAUUGACAUGUGAAUGAAGAAUACGACAUAUAUUGUGUCUCAUACACACGAGAUAAAUGGCAUGUUUGUUUACGCAUGAAACAACAUCUGCGUUUCAUUGGUGCCUUGACUUGUUGCUGCCCAAUAGAAGGCAGUUGUGUUCCGUAUUUAGCCUCGCGUAAAUGGUGGCGGUGUGAAUACAAGGAAGAGUUUCAAGAUGGCGAGUGCUCUGUGUUGCUGUGGGGGCGAUCGAGACCGAUUUGACGAUCAUAAAUACGUUUCCCUGGAAUUCCUGUUAGAAAGAUACGACAUGUUGACUAUUAGCCACGAUGAACGGCGAGAGUUAAACAGCGAGAUGGAACGACACUCGAGAAGGUAUGAGGCUGAGGCCGAAGAGGAUGAUGUGCUCGCGGCGUUCAGGAUGCUGCGGAAGUGGGUAUGUCGACCAGACUUCCCUAGACAGUACACAGCAGCGCACUUCGCCGUGGAGAAUGUCCUGGAAAAACUAAUGACCUUGUCCAAACAUUUGAUCGAAUCCGAGAAGAUAACUUCCUUGUCCCGCAUCCACGACUUCUGCUUCGACUUCGUCCACGACCUGAUCCAGCAGGGGCCGGGGACGACGCACAUGCGUCUGUGGGAGAAGAUGCUUUGUGACAAACAAUUCGGUUUCGAGAUGUACUUCCACAGGCUCACCGGACACGAGCUGAAGAAACACAUUCGGUUCUUGAAGAGGGAAUACAGAAGUAAGGAACCGGAAACAGAUGGGACAACCUUUAAAUCCACUUUCGAGGCUUGCAUGAAACGACUCCUUGAACGCCAGAAUCAGAGCAGGAAGGCUUUCAAGGAGGCCCAGACUGUAUUCAUAGAACUGUACAUUCACGCUCAUCUCGGCUUCAUUUCCCGGGAGAAGGACGUCAGGGACAUCCAUGAUCAGCUGGCGUCGCUCAUCCGCAACAACUACGACUACAGGAACGUUUUUGUGGGUUUGAAACACGCCGGACAGCUGAAACACUUCUUGAAACAGAUUGAAGGCAUCAUUUGUGAAACAAAUCUUACCGGCGAAGACUGUGAGGCCGUCGUGAAGAUGCUGUGCGAGGAUGUAGACAAGUUGCUGGCAGUUAUAAAGCAUGGCAAAUUAUACCUCAGUGUGUACUCGGAGCUCCUUGAUUUCGUGGCUGUGAUCUGUGAGACGAAGGCAGGAAGUCCAAUCCACCCGAUCCUCGAGGCAGUGGGGAAAUUCUACAGCAGAUUGUACAACAUUGUCUUAUGGGACCAAUCUGAGGUGUUCACUGUGGUUGCGACGAAGCUGAUGGACUUUCUGACGAACCUGGAUGACCACACCCUGAUGAGGACCAAUUAUGUGAACAAUGUCAUCAGUUCGGUUCUCAGCAGGGCCAUGGGCGAGACACUGACUCCUGCACAAUGCCGGUUAACCAUAGACCUGAUCAAGGCAUGUUUACGAAUAUACCAACCAAGAACAGUCGAGGCCGCUAAAACAAUGAUGAUGGAAUCACAAAAGAAAAUGUGCUGGAAGGAUCACUUGAAUGAUGCUUGUGAGCUGUUUGACCUUAUGACACAAGUCCAACUGAUUGGGGAUGAUAAACAGAAAACGGACUAUUCGAAACACUUCAUCGAACUCGCUGACCACUUUGGGUAUUUGAUGGAACGGGAAGAACUUCUGCCUCCAAUGAUACCAAAAAUGGUGGACUGUUCAUUGACACUUCUUGAGAAGAGGGAGCCAAAAUUAUUCAAAGCAGCCAGGGAAGUGUCACAUCGAAUCGCAUUUAAAGGGCGGUUUCACAAAGGCGUCAUCAUGUCCACCAUGGCUCGCUUACUGCCGCUGGUCGAAGACCCCAAGUUCGACUGGACAAACAAACAUAGCUCCGAAACUGUGGAACAUCUAGUUGGGAUUGGAAUGCGAACAUUAACAUCCAAGACGCCUAGCGAGAAAGACUUCAAUGUCCUGACAAAGUUUUUCCAAGCAGUGGUGAAAGAUGGUCUCGAGGACGCACAGCCUCCAAAGAAAGAUUCAGUGCGCUAUCAGAUUUUCUACGACGAGGGAUCCACGUUCACCGGGCUUCUGGACGACCCUGGGAAGAUACAGAGAGCCAUGCCUUUUGUCAGACAAGUGGUCAGUCUCAUGUUUCACCGGAACAAAUACGUCGCGGGAAAUGCGCAAUAUCGGGUCCAGACUCUAGUGGGCCAUGGGGCAAAGGUCAUGGCAGAAUUCUUCCCACAAAUCCUGACUGCCUGUAUUAACUCGGACGACUUUUCCCUAAUCAAUUCCCUAAGCCAGCUCUAUACCCACAAUCCCACCCUUGGAGAGGAGAAGUUUAAAGACGUGUUCGCACUGAUUGACUCCAUCAGGCGACACGAGGUCUUACUGUGGCUGCACAAGAUCGCCGAGAAACAGUCAUAUCUCUUCAAGGAGGAGCACCUUACAAGACUGGUUGAUGAGCUGUUACAAGCCGACGACAGCAAUCAGAAUAUGUAUCUGCAUAUCAUGGGUCCUCUGGCCUCGGAGAUGCCCCACAAAUUCACUCCCCAUUUAAAGGUCCUGAUGGACGUGGAACUUAACAGAGAGUAUGGCGCCGAUUACUCACGCCUCACGGUACUAACGAAUGUGGCCAAGAGCAGCAAGGAUGAGGGCCUGUGUGAGACAGUGAUGGCAUUUCUGGAGAAGGAGAUACGGGGCCCGGAAGUACAAGGCUUCACGGUUUCUUAUCUUAAUGCGAUGCAGAAUGUAGGCCUUGUACAUCGACAUAUCCUGGAGAGCCGCAAGCCUGCCUUAGAAGACCUGAGGGAUAGAUCUACCGUUGCCACGACAAAGGGUCACAUUACCUACAUAAUUGAUGUCCUAGAGGGUAACGUUGUCAGUCUGGUCGAGGAGAUCAAGGAGGUGAGGGACGAUGUGGACAAACUGGACGUACGCGUGACGAAGACUGAAGAAGGUCUUGUUCAGGUCAACGAAGAACUGGGGCAACAGAGGGAGGAACUGAACGAGGUCAAACAUGACGUGAAAGAGCAGGUAGAGAAGAUUGACCAGCUAGAGGAGACGGUGGAUGACACAAAGGCUCAAGUGGAGGAACUCGACGGAAAGACCCUAAGUCAUGCUCCCUUCUGGUCCAGAGACGUUGCCAGGCUACUCAAUACUGACAGCUUCCUGGAUUGGACACACCUGUCAAGUCAACUUGGCUACACAAGGGAUGACAUCCGGAGCUGGGCUCAGAUGCACGACCCAUGUAUGGCCAUGCUGAAUGAAUGGUACGCCACUCGGAAGACGAGGGAAGCCACAUAUGCUGUGCUGACAGCACUGCAAGAGAUGGACAGAUUGGACGCUGCUGUCAUUGUGGAGAAUGCAAUGAAGAUGACAGAAACUGUAGUGGAGGACGAAGAGUUCGAGUACCCGGAGCCUCCAGAGGUGUUCAUCAGCUACCAGUGGGGAAUCCAGAACGAGGUGAAGCUUCUGAAGCAGCACCUGGAGAAGGCGGGCUUCACGUGCUGGAUGGACAUUGGUCAGAUGGGAGGUGGGGACAAGCUAUUCGAGAAAAUCGACAAGGGAAUCAGGGCAGCGAAGAUCGUCAUCUGUUGUGUUACUGAAAAAUAUACACAGUCUCCCAAUGGCAUUAGAGAGGUGAACCUCUCCGUAAGCCUGGGUAAGCCAAUCAUUCCUCUGUUGAUGGAGAAACUGUCAUGGCCUCCACCAGGCUCAAUGGGGCCAAUCUUCAGUGAAUAUCUGUUCAUCCGAUUCUUCACCCGUCCUGGGGAGGAGACUGGUGGUCAGGUUUGGUCGGCAGCCAAGUUCCAGGAACUCCUGAUGCAGGUCAACUACAACAACGUCAAGCCGGAUGAGCAGAAGGUGGAAAAGGAAUACAAGAACUGGUGGUGCCCUGUUGCUGAAGUCAUCACGAUAGAGAAGAAGGACGUGAAGACGAUGACGGCUGCCAGUCAACAAAAACAGGAGGAGGUGGAGCGUGGAUCAGCGUCUCCUGAUGUGUUCAUCUCCUACCAGUGGGGAAAACAGAAGCAGGUUCAGCUCAUGUACAAGCGCCUGACUGAGAUGGGCUUCACCAUCUGGAUGGACAUCUACCAAAUGGGAGGUGGGGACUCCCUCUUUGACAAAAUUGACAAGGGUGUGCGAGGGGCUAAGGUCGUUCUCUCAUGUGUCACCUCGAAGUAUUCUCUGUCGGCCAACUGCCGGAGGGAAGUCAGUCUUGCUGAUGCUCUCAAGAAACCAAUAGUUCCUCUGUUGCUGGAGAAGACGACAUGGCCGCCAUUUGGUCCGAUGAGCAUGGUCUUUAGUCAGCUGUUGUAUAUCAACUUUACGAAAGAUAAAUCUGUUCAGGACAGUUGGACUGGAAAGAAGUUUGAUGAGUUAUUGAUUAAGUUAAAUCAGUACUUGCCGGGUAUUAUAGAUUUCGAUAAGGAGGAAAAAGAGAAUGAAGUCAGUGUUUCUGUAAAUCCAGAGGAAACUCCAGAAAUAGGAGAUACUACUCGACCACCCAGCAAUACCUCGACCUCGACUGAACAGAUGCCAGAUGUCAGUGACUGAACCUCCUCAAGAACAACCAUCAACAUCAUCAAAAUCUGCAGAAUCCCAAGCACACAGCCCUCAUGAUGGCAUUAGCUCAGCGAGACAGUAGCCCAAUCGGUCGCCGUCAUAUGUUGUUUUGUACUGUACUAUUAAGUUGUGCGAUCCAGACCUGUGAUAUGUUCAUUUUCAUCAUAUGUCAAUCCAUUGUUUGUUGUCUUCAUUCAAUGGCGAGUCAGGGAGCAAGACUUCGUCAUAAAAUCCUCAUCGACUCUCUUCUGUCUUCAUUCCAGGUAUGACCAGGCAAUUAGUUUCCCAAGACAUAAUGGUGAAGAUGUGUUGUAUAGCGUAUGAGGUCAUCCUACCGAUGCUGUUUCAUUCAUCCUCGUGGUAUGGUCAGUCCAAUGGCAUACUUGUGGUUGGGUGGUCCAGGUGUUCACUCGUACCAAAAUAACACGGUUCUAUUCCUGAUAUAAAUACAUCCAAUGGGCUUUCGUUACAUUACUGGGAUACGUUACUGAUAUUGCAAAGCACGUGAUAGAGUUAACAUAUUUUGCCCUUUAAAACUGAAGAUUUUGUAAAUGUUAAGGUUUCAAUAAAUUGUUAUUCGGAAGCAGGUAGUGUACAGGUAUAUCAGGGUAAAUGACAAUCAACACAUUAUUUAUUCAUGUGUCUGUGUUGCUGAAAUACUGUAGUAACCGUGUAUCAUGAAACAUUUCCUGUUCCCUAACUAGGGGUCGCUGUGUAAGAUCAUUGUAAGCUCAUCUGUGAUAUUAUUUAAACUGAUGAUUACAUCGGUUUGGUUAUUUUUAAUAUGUUAUUGUUGGUUUCUUUGUUAAUAUGUUUUCUCCACCCUGUUUUCUCCACCUGUUUUCUCCACCCUGUUUUCAAUUCAUGCAGAAUUUGGUAAACCACACAAGUGACUAUCCAAACUUUUAUACAAGUAGUACGCGUGUUUGUUUGAUCUGAGCAGGUGUCAACUGCAUUCAUAUUGAAUAAACUCUCCGCUCCCACGUGCAAAAUGAUAGUCUUAGGAAAAAUAGUCUGUAGCUUUCUAAAGGAACAAGCUAUAUAUUUGUUGUCUGUACACUGCGACAACUAAAUUUUCUUAUCGCCAGAGGCGACUGCUGUGAUCUUGUGUGAUGCUAAAACACACUACCUCUAUCUCUGCCACUGCUGGAACAAGUCCAUGAAGAUCCGGGUUAGAACUGAUCUUCAGCAACCCAUGGGGCAACUAUGGGUGGUCAGACCCGCUGACACGUGUCAUCGUAUCCUAGUUUUAGACGAGACAGUCCUUGUCGAGACGUUAAACCUCUAACAAACUGCUAAAUACUCGCGUGUUGCAUAAUAUAUCAGUGAUUCAUGAUGACCGCAUGUAUGAAUGAGACUAUGACGUUUUUUAAGGUUUUGUUUAUAAAAUGGAUACUACACCCAUGUUACUACGGUAGCUAUUUUUAUACGAUACUAGCAAGAAAUAAAGGCAUUCAGUCUAA